CGCUCCGACUCGCCAACCAGAGACCCGCCCCGGCCGAGCCGCUCGCCUGCGCUUUAAGCCAGCUCAGCUGACCCGCGCCCGCCGCCUGCGGACCCGCGAGCCGCCUCUGCCCCAGCCCCUGCCGCUCCCCGGCCACCAUGGACGUCCACGUCCCCCCGCUCCGCGCCUGGGACGACUUCUUCCCGGGCUCCGACCGCUUCGCGCGCCCCGACUUCAGAGACAUCUCCAAAUGGAACAACCGGGUGGUCAGCAACCUGCUCUACUACCAGACCAACUACAUGGUGGUCGCGGCCAUCGUCAUCUCCAUCGUGGGGUUCCUGAGUCCCUUCAACAUGAUCCUGGGGGGCACGGUGGUGGUGCUGGUGUUCACGGGCUUCGUCUGCGCCGCCCAGAAUAAGGACACCCUCCGCCACCUGAAGAAGCGCUACCCCACCACCUUCGUCAUGGCCGUCAUGCUGUCCAGUUACUUCCUCAUCUCCUUCUUUGGCGGCGUCAUGGUCUUCGUGUUUGGAAUCACGUUUCCUCUGCUGCUGAUGUUCAUCCAUGCUUCUUUGAGACUUCGGAACAUCAAGAAUAAACUGGAGAACAAAAUGGAAGGGAUUGGCUUGAAGAAAACCCCAAUGGGCAUCAUUCUUGACGCUCUGGAGCAGCAGGAAGACAACUUCAACAAAUUCGCCGAUUAUAUCAGUAAAGGAAAAGAAUAAGUGUCUCUGGCCUGGUGUUCAGUAAAACGUGGCAGGAAUAGUUUUUUCCUUUGCUCCUGUCCAGAACUCACUUCCCGUGUGUGUGUUUGAAAUGUGAGGUGCCCUAGAGAGAGCCCUAGAGACUUAAGUAGGUGGCAAGAUGUGGGUAGGCCAAACUAUAGCCAACUCUUGACGUUUUGGAGAAGAGGAGACCCCAAGCAAAAGUUACCCACCUUCCUAUUAUGUCCUAAGAUAUUUCUAGUCUUUUAGUCUGUACUCGUUUAGAUAAAUUGAACAAAAUCUGUGUUUGUUCAGGGGAUAAAAUGACCCUUGAUUCUUUGUUAUAAUGAACAUAUUUCUAAGUAUUGAUCAGUGUUAAUAAUGUCUAAUACAAUGAUGAAUAUUGUUUAUAUCUUAAAGGAGUCCCAAACAGCCUUAAGAAACAAAAAUAUGGAGGUAUAUAUACAGGUGAAUAAAACUGUCUAUUAAUUAGAAUAGAUCAUAUGAGACCUACCUUUUCCCCUACUCCGCCGAACCCUGGGAUGGUAAGCUUUUGUAUAUAAAUUACUUAUUGUUCUCUUUUAAGAGCUGAGUUUAUGUAUUGCUUUUCCCUCUGCUUGAUUCCAUGCAAUGAAAACUGGAUACACACUCCCCACUCUGUUUACAGAUUUGAAGUCUGCUAUGUGGGAGGCUAGCAAAAUAUAUUGCUAGAUUUCUAUAAGUUCUUUAAGUUGGCGUAAUCGGUUUUGCACCAGCAAGCUUGUGCUACAAAUGAGCAUGAGUGUUGCCUUUCUGAAAAGAGGCAGCUUUGUACCCUGUGUCCUGCUUGACCAUUUAACAAAUCUUGAGUUCUGUUGAGUACUAUUUGUAUUACUCAUAUCACUUUUUGUUGUGGUGGUUCUAGGAAGAAUGGUGGAAAACUCACGUCAGUAAUUGGUUCUUGUUUGUUUGGUUUGGUUUCUCCCCUUACCUUCUAAUUGUACCAUUUGGAACGCCGUGAAAUAAAUAUUCUGGAUAGAUAAUUCA